UUUGACUAAAUCAGAAUCCGAUUCUGACGAAUCUGUUGAUACUGAAAUCAAUAUUUCUCCAUAUGCAGAUGUAUCUCAAUAUGAAGAUCUUUUUAAAAAGAAAAAUGAAUUUAAAAAUUUGGCAAAGGUUGUUGUAAAUGAAGGUGGUAUAUCAAUGUGUUGGAAAUAUUUUGGUGAUCUCUAUUUUAAAAAGAGGCAUAUUCUUCAAAAAUAUAAAUUUUGCAAAUUGUGUUUGGAUGAAAAGACCAAUUUAAAAAGUUUUGGAAAAUCAACAUCAACCACAAAUUAUAUGAACCAUCUACGAGCUGUACAUAACUUGGACGUGAAAUCUUUAAAUAACCUGAAAAGUUCAACAAUGACACAAAAUGCAUUGAAAUCCUCAACAAGUUGUAACAACAAACAACAAAAUGCUCGCCGGGUCGCCGAAAUGUGCUGUUGGGAUUUGCAACCGUUUAAAAUUGUUGAAAGGCCAGGAUUUAAGAAAUUGGUAUCUUUCUUAAACCCAAAGGCUAUAUUCCCCACAGAUAGGACAAUAGCUACGACGGCUUUAAACGAUGUUUAUAACAUAUAUUUGGACCACGUAAAAACAAGCCUUAAAGAGUCGCCCAAAAAUGUUACACUUGUAUUGGAUAUGUGGUCAGAUAAACAUAAGCACUUGUCUUACAUAAACAUAAAAGUGCAUUUCUGCCAAAAUUUUCAAAUGCAAAUUGUAACGCUCAAGACAGAGAUCUUUCCACGACCUCACACUGGACUAGCAGUUGUAGAAAAAAUUGAAGAAGCUUUAUGUGAAUUUAAUCUGUUGGAAAAAAACAUAUGUGCUGUUACUGAUGGUGGAAGCAACAUCGUUUCAGCUUUAAAAAUUAAAAAUAUACCAAGAUAUGGUUCUUAA